GGUAGUAAAAAAGGGACAGAAUUUGCCUCGUGGAAAACUGAAAGGGAGAGAAUUUACAUUGCGGGAGUAGCAGAGGAAGAGAAAAACUUGGGGAAGAAACUGGGAGAGGAGAGGAGAGGAUGCCUGGAGACGACCACCGGGGGGGCGCCAACGCCUCCUCCCCAACCCCGUCCCCUCCGCCUAAAUGGCGACAUCUCCUCCAAAUCUCGCCUCCUCCUCUUCAUUAUUCCUCCACCCUCGCCCCCUUCCCCACCCCCACCUCCACCGCGUUCCCGCUCAAAACCCUAACCCUAGCGGCGCCCCUCGCCAUGGCCGCUGACUACCGCACCCCCGACAGGCUCCUCCCCGCCGCCGCCGCCGCCACCGAGGAGCCGGCCCAGGACCCGCCCAAGCCGGCCCUCGGCGUCGCGGGGCCGGCCGCCGCCGCGGCCCACGAUGGCCUGCGCUUCUGGCAGUACAUGCUCGCCGGCUCCGUCGCCGGCGUCGUCGAGCACACGGCCAUGUUCCCGGUCGACACCCUCAAGACGCACAUGCAGGCCGCCUCGCCGCCCUGCCGCCCCACCCUCUCGCUCGGGGCCGCGCUGCGGGCCGCCGUGGCAGGGGAGGGCGGCGCGCUCGCGCUCUACCGCGGCCUCCCCGCCAUGGCCCUCGGGGCCGGCCCCGCCCACGCCGUCUACUUCUCCGUCUACGAGUUCGCCAAGUCGCGCCUCACGGACCGCUUCGGCCCCAACAACCCCGCGGCGCACGCCUCCUCGGGGGUGCUCGCCACCAUCGCCAGCGACGCCGUCUUCACCCCCAUGGACACCGUCAAGCAGCGGCUGCAGCUCACCAGCAGCCCCUACUCCGGCGUCGCGCACUGCGUCCGCACCGUCUUCCGCGACGAGGGCCUCAGGGCCUUCUUCGUGUCCUACAGGACCACGGUGCUCAUGAACGCGCCCUACACCGCCGUCCACUUCUCCACCUACGAGGCGGCUAAGCGUGUGCUCGGGGACAUGGCAGCUGACGAGGAGUCGCUUGCCGUGCACGCCACUGCGGGUGCUGCGGCCGGCGCUCUUGCGGCCGCGUUAACCACACCACUCGAUGUUGUCAAGACGCAACUGCAGUGCCAGGGUGUAUGCGGAUGUGAACGUUUUGCUAGUAGUUCUAUAGGAGAUGUGUUCAGAACAAUUAUAAAGCGCGAUGGAUACGUUGGGCUUAUGAGGGGAUGGAAGCCGAGAAUGCUAUUCCACGCACCGGCAGCAGCCAUAUGCUGGUCCACAUACGAAGCCUCGAAGUCGUUCUUCGAAAGAUUUAAUGAGAAAAGGAGAAAAUAGUUGGAGCAUUUCUUGGAAGUGAUUGUGUUUUUCUGGAAGUCAAGUACUUCCAUGCUGUGGCGUGUCCGUCUGCUGACAGAAAGAGGCAGCGCCUGGAUGCAGCAGAGGAUCCAUUUGGGAUGAUGCAAUGCGCAUCGAAAUUUGUCUAACGAUGAUCUGUCUGUACGUUGUAUUUCUUCUCUUUUUGGCUGAGUUAUAUGUAUCAUUUUUCCAGCCCGUGGUCGGGAUAGCAAAUACCAGAAUAAUUUUGCCCUAGUUUUUCAGGAUCAUUGAGCACACUGUAUGGCCUUCUUUGUGUCAGAUUAUUGAUAAAAUGAAAUGAGAAUUUUGGUUCUGUUAA